UACAAGAUGGCAGCUCUGCAAACAGCCAAAUAUGCCCGAACUAAUAAACACCCGUGCUAAACCUUUGCAGGUGCAUUUAUGUCCAAAUUACUAGCUGGUGCUUUCAUCUUUUCAGGUGGACUUCAAGCAGAUCUGUCCAGUAUGCCGCAUUAGCUGUGAAAACAUACACCUAACCGCCAAACAUAUCAGUAGAGAGCAUGAGAACUGUACUGGGUUUUCUGUAAAAUGUUUGUACUGCGCGAAAGUGUUCUCGCAUGUUAAAAAAUGGAAGAGGCAUGUGAUCGAAGUGCAUGUUCGUGGUGGCAUCGUUGUGUCCUCUCAGCAUAGUUUCGUAUGUCCAAGCACAUCACGUGGAAGUGUAUCGACUCAGACUGUUGACACAGAAGUGGGCGCCGUCAUCGAGCGAGACAAUUGUCCUGAUAUUCAUGCUAGUUGCGCUGAUACUGCUGCCCAAAAAGACGAUACUUGUACUGGCAAUCAGGGGCUCGAACAUCCGGCAAAUUUUCUGCUAAAACUGAAAUCGUCCGGUCUCAGUGAUAAGCACUGCGAUUCGUUGGCGGAUUAUUUGAAAAAAUAUUCGUACAAAGUUGCUAGCGAAUGUGUCAGUAGCAUCGCCAAAGGGGACAAUCCCGACCUAUCAAACCUACCGUCGCUCAAGGCUCUCGAUGAAGUCCGCUCUUCCGCUGCAUGUGGCAAAUACGCUUCACGUAAUCUUCUAUGUGUGAGCCCCUGUGAAGUAUUACUUGGGAAGUCUGAUGCUGGGAAGUCGCUGUCUUUUCAGUAUAUAUCGCUAACAUCACAGCUGCAAAGCUUGUUCGCCAGCAAACGUUUCCAGGAGCACAAUCUCCUUGAAUCGGAAUCCAGGUCAAACUUGGGUGUUUACAGGGAUAUAUUUGAUGGAACUUGCCACCAGAGGGAACAAAAUCGGAUUUCAUUGAUACUCUUUUUUGACGAAUUUGUUGUUUCCUGCCCGAUUGGAAGUCAUUCAAAGCAGUACAAGCUGGGCGCUGUUUAUUGCUGUAUUGCCAACUUGAACGAGAACAGGGCUCACGCAGAUAACACACUACUUUUGCUGCUCUUUCAAACAAAGUAUUUGGAGAAAUAUUCGUGGGAUGUGAUACUAAAACCAUUGAUAGAUGAGUUGGUGACUCUUGAACAAUGCGGAACGAUAUUAGUCAAUCGAGGAAAUCGUGUUCCUGUGAGCGUUCGCGUUGAGUUCAUUUGCGGCGAUAACCUAGGCAUUCACAGCAUUGCAGGCUUUUAUGCAUCGUUUUGUAACACGAACAGACUUUGUCGUGCCUGCUACAUAUCCCCAGUUGAACUUAAGUCAUGCUUUGAUGUGAGUCAGCUCCGGCCACGCACUCAGGAGUUGUAUGCCUACGAGCUUAGUGUUUUAGAAAAGAACCAGUUCUCCAAAGCUCACUGCAAACGAUUUGGAAUCAACUUUCCAUGCCCUUUCCGGGAGCUAAAGCAAUUCCACGCUGCUGACUUCUUCCCAUUCGACAUUGUUCAUGACUUGUUCGAGGGUGUCGUGAAAUGUUGCAUUAGUUUGGUCCUUACUGCAGGAGUGCAGCGAUCACUUCUUAAUUUGAAUGCCUUGAAUGGAGUAAUUGCCACUUUUGCGUUUUCACCGCUGGAGGGAAACAAGCCUGUGACGCUGCAAAGAAGUGGUGGCACCGUGUGUGUUGGGGGUACUGCUUCUGAAGUGUGGACAUUGUUGCGUUUUUUGCCCUUGCUGCUGUCGGAAGCUAACAGCGGCUUGUUAGAUGCCCCUGAAUCCGAAGUGCUCAGAGGUCUUAUAGUUAUAGUUCAGUACGCUGUUUCGCCUGUGUUGUUUGAAAGUGACCUUGUAGCGUUUGAGAAGCUUGUUAGUGAGUGGCUGACACUUCUGACGUGCACAUUCGUAGACUUUGUGCUGACCCCAAAGUUUCAUUAUCUGCUGCAUUACGCGAGUCAGAUAAGAAAGCAUGGCCCCUUGCGUUGCUGCUGGACAAUGCGUUUUGAAGGAAAGCAUCAGAAUUUGAAGUCGUUCCUGGCUCGCUCAAAAAAUAAUCGUAAUGUUUGUAAAACGAUAGCUUCUCGGCACCAGCGGUUCAUUGCUGUUCGGCAUAACGCGCCUCAACCCAGUGCCGUAUCGUCACGAAAGUCGUUCAGCCGAAAGAACAAGGCGAGUUUUCCUGUAGCUGUUCAAACACUUGUCGCGCAAAAUGGUCACCCGGUUUGGAAAUCCGUGACGCACAUGAAUACGGAGUAUACAGCCGGCAAUGUGAUCUUGGUGAAGCGUGAUGACACUGUUGUGUUCUGCCGAAUCCUGUGCGUGUGUUCAAAGGACGAUGACGUACAGUUUGUAGUUCGGUACUGUGGCAACUCAGAUUUGUCUCAUGUGUCGUGUGUUGAACUUGAGAUGCAAGACCAAUUCGAAAGUGUGCGCCCCGAAUGUCUGGCUGAUUAUCUGCCGCUUGCCUGUUAUAGCAUCUGUGAAAAGGAGUUGGUAGUGCUCAAGCACAAACUUUCUUCGAACCAUGUACGAGUACCUAGUUAGCCAGGGCAUGGUAAAAAAACUCGUUCGUGUGCGUGAAAAGAAACACUUGGUACAGGCUAUUGGCGAGGCGUUUGGUGUUGAUGUGGAGGACUUGAUGGUGCGAUACUACGUGGCUGCAUUCGACGACUACGUUGAUCUGGAUAACGUGGCAGAGCUUCCUGACCAGUGUCGGCUGCAAGUCCACCUCCGUGUGACGCCGGAGGCCCACGCACAUCUACUACGUCAAGGAGACACGGUCCUUGUGCUGCCAGAACAGGCCGUGUUUGCUUCAGGACCAGCCACGUUUGCGCCUGGGCCAUCGUCGGAGCCCACGCCUGGGCCAUCAUCCGAGCCCACGCCUGGGCCAUCAUCCGAGCCCACGCCCGGGCCAUCAUCCGAGCCCACGCCUGGGCCAUCAUCCGAGCCCACGCCUGGGCCAUCAUCCGAGCCCACGCCUGGGCCAUCAUCCGAGCCCACGCCUGGGCCAUCAUCUGAGCCCAUGCCUGAGUCAGCCCUCGCUGGAAUGUCGGACUACACCAGGACCUUCGACAGCCCGAUGUCCGGUUCUGGAAUAUCGCCGAAUGCCGGUAGCUCCACGCCAGUCCAACUUAGUCCAACGUCUCCGACGGCACCAGAGCGUGUACUGCUGAAAGUGUCACUGGACGACAUGUCGCCCAAACUGAGGACUACUCUUCAGUGUGGGACAAAACUGAAGAGGGAUGACUGGAUCGAGAUUGGAAACGUCAUCUACGAGAAAUAUGUCGAGAAGUACUCUAACCCGUAUCCUAAGAGGUACAGCGACAUCGCCUACUGCAUUAUCCGGCAGAUACCAAACCUGGUACAGGACAAAACUGUAGGCGAGACAGCGGAACUAAUCGCUGAAAAGUUGGCCACAAAGUUCCGCAACAAGCGGCGGAGACUGGACUCCUCUGCCUCAAAUCUGGGCGUCCGCAAGCCGGUGCGGUACGGGAUGGGGCUGCCGCAGUACGCCCCCGCUUUUGAAGACAGUCAGCGCCUAGAAGUGCAGCGGGCGGUGGAGCAGCUGCAGACAGUCAAUGGCCAGGAGGCCAUCGAUGGCCUGAUGCAAGACACCUUCGCCGACCGCAGACACCUGAUAGUUAGGGAAAAGGUGUCAGUGGCGAUUAUCAAGGAGCGCUACGGUGCGCUCUUCAGCGUUUACCAGCUCUGGAGGGAGCUAGAACGUAUGGCCGGCCGCAGUCUGCGGCGGGAAAGUGAACUCCUGUGGGCACGUUAUCUGACGGCAGCACAAGAGGUGCUUGGCUGUUCCGACAUCGAUCGCGUCCCGAAGGCCAUCGCCUGGGCACUGGGCGACGCCCUGGAUGUCUAUCGCAACGAUGGCGAGGGUCCUGGUGCUGUGGUGGCCGGCGGCACUGUCUUCGUCGAUGGAGUAGAGGUGGCGGAAGUGGGAGAGAGGGACGCUCUCCUCGUAUGGGCCGUGGCCCUCUUCGUCUUCUCGCUCAAAUACCCCACGGGCUCUCGGUCCACCGGGCGCUAUCUCUCGUAUCAUGUCUUGGGCGUCGAAGACGAGGCGCCCAAAGACAGAGUGAGCCAGCGCUUCCAUGAUGAAGUGAUGAAGCACAUGUAGAGGAGGGUGGCGCCGGCCGGUGUGGCCGUGUGUGGUGGCGCCGGGCCGCCACACCGGUGCACGGUCUUGCCGAAUACCAGAUUAGCGCGAAUUUAAUCAAA